AUGAAGAAGAAAAUACAAGGCUUGUGGAUUGAAGAGGGCAUGGAUGAAGCCUAUAGUACCAACUUGUUCUAUAACAACACCGUUGAGAUUGCCGAGGCCUUUGCAGAGUACUUCACCCAGAGCCAGCUCACCAACCUGGUGCUGACAGCCAUGGAGGAGCUGACGGGCAGCAGGGCUAAGGUGUCUCUGGCUGCAGCCCAGUUGAUGAGCGCUGUCAUGAAAAAGCGGGGCUCAGAUUUGAUAAAGGUUGAGGAAAUUUUGGUGGGCAUCCUGGAACGGCUCAAAUUGCAGCUGGAGCCCAACACAAAGGAGGAGACCCUUCGGGCCCUGUGCUUGCUGGCAGGCAACUGCACCCACAGCGUUGUGCCCCUGCUGCUCAACAGGCCCCUCCCUUGGGAUAGAACCAUUUUGGCCCCAUGGAGGUUGUUCGGCACCGAGCGAAAGACCACAAUCAACGUCCUGCAGCUGCUGAUAGGCAUCCUGGAAAACCACUCCACAGAGGGCACGACGGAGAAAGCCCUAGAGCCCGAGGAGGAGGCGUUUGCCUUGUGUGAGAUGCUAUCCGGGACUCUGUGCCGGGAGGCCAUCCUGGAACUCUACCCCCGGCUAUUGCUGGCUGUGUUAUGUCAUCUCUUCUGGGUGAUUGAGCAAAAGAUCCCCAAGAAUAUGGUGGUCUACAGGAAGGUUGGGGGCUCAGGCAAGACCUUUGACCCCACUAGUUGUGCCCUGGAGGUGGUGAAGCUUGUGUUCUUCGCAGCCGCAUACGAUGGAGUGGUGGUCUAUGCAGAUGAGCAUAAGUGCUGGGAUCAUCUGUCCUCCUCUAAAUUUUACUACAGAGGGAUCAUGGACCUGACAAG